GGCACCGGCACCGGCGGCGAGCACCGCGGCCGCACCGGCACCCAUGCACCGCGGCGCCGCGCCCGCCGGCUGAGCAGCGAGGCGGGCACCUGCGUCAGACCGCCGGCGCUGACGUCACGGGGGGUCUGACAGGGCCGAAGGGCUGUGAUGAAGAACCAGGGGGCGGAGACCAAAGGAGCCCCACGUCCCUCUGGUGCUUCCAAAACGAGCAGCGGGAUGGGGCUGGAGGAGGGAGACUCACCCGAGGCUGCAGCACCCCCAGAAGCUCCCCUCACUCAGGAGGACUCCAAGUCCUCCCGGGACGUGUCCGAGGAGCUGAGCCGGCAGCUGGAGGACAUCCUGAGCACCUACUGCGUGGAUGCCAGCCAGGAGGGCCCGGGGGAGCCCCCCGAGCCCGAGGAGCCCGACAAGGGCCGGCCCGAGUCCCCCCGCAACGGGGAGCAGGAGCCGGGCGGCCCCGAGAUGAACGGCGAGAAGGAGAACUCCAAGGGCACCGAGGAGGGCGGGGACAGGGACCAGAAGAAGGCUCAGGAGAAGAAGAAAGCCAAGGGUUUAGGCAAGGAAAUCACUUUGCUGAUGCAGACACUGAACACCCUGAGCACGUCAGAGGAGAAGCUGGCAGCGCUGUGCAAGAAAUACGCUGAGCUGCUGGAAGAGCACCGUAACUCACAGAAGCAGAUGAAGAUCCUGCAGAAGAAGCAGACACAGCUGGUGCAGGAGAAGGAUCACCUGCAGAGCGAGCACAGCAAGGCCAUCCUGGCCCGCAGCAAACUGGAGAGCCUGUGCCGGGAGCUCCAGAGGCACAACCGCACCCUCAAGGAGGAGGGCGUGCAGCGCGCGCGGGAGGAGGAGGAGAAGAGGAAGGAGGUGACAUCCCACUUCCAGGUGACGCUGAACGACAUCCAGCUGCAGAUGGAGCAGCACAACGAGAGGAACUCCAAGCUGCGCCAGGAGAACAUGGAGCUGGCAGAGAGGCUCAAGAAGCUCAUCGAGCAGUACGAGCUGCGGGAGGAGCACAUUGACAAGGUGUUCAAGCACAAGGAGCUGCAGCAGCAGCUGGUGGAUGCCAAACUGCAGCAGGCCCAGGAGAUGCUGAAGGAGACAGAGGAGAGGCACCAGCGGGAGAAGGACUUUCUGCUGAAGGAAGCUGUGGAAUCCCAGAGGAUGUGUGAGCUGAUGAAGCAGCAGGAGACCCACCUCAAGCAGCAGCUGGCUCUCUACACAGAGAAGUUUGAGGAAUUCCAGAACACCCUCUCCAAAAGCAGUGAAGUGUUCACAACGUUUAAACAGGAGAUGGAGAAGAUGACCAAGAAGAUCAAGAAGCUGGAGAAGGAGACCACCAUGUACCGCUCCCGCUGGGAGAGCAGCAACAAGGCUCUCCUGGAGAUGGCAGAGGAGAAAACCCUCCGGGACAAGGAGCUGGAGGGGCUGCAGGUGAAGAUCCAGCGGCUGGAGAAGCUGUGCCGGGCCCUGCAGACGGAGCGCAACGACCUCAACAAGAAGGUGCAGGACCUGUGUGCCCACACGGACCUGGCAGAGCCUCUGAAGGACCCAUCCCGGGACAGCUCCGACUGUCCCGGCUCGGGAAAGGCCACGCACAGCCCGGAUCCUGCGGAGAGCCUGGGAGAACUGAGCCCAGGAGCCACGGGGCAGAGCGGGACUGAGGAGGGACCCCGGGGCGCCGACUGAGCCCCUGCAGGGCACGGGGGUGGGCACAGGGAGAGGGGGAGGCCUGGAUGAGCAGACUCCAUCUGGUGCCCUUCUCCUGCUCCUGGGACAGGUGGAAAAAGGACAGGACAGCCCUCCUGGGGAUGUGAGAUUUCCUAGCUUUUAGGGUUUGUUUUUUUUUUUUUUUUUAAAUUUUAUAUAUAUAUAUAUAUAUGAUAUAUAAAAAAUGUGCAGGGCAACGUACACUUUAUAUAUGGAUACCCAUGGAAAACCGGACUGCCCCGCCUCCCUGCCUGUGUCAAUAACUAAUAUAUGGAGCCUCAACUGAUCGUCCCUCUCACUAAAAGACCUUGUCAUUGGCAGGGGCUGCGAUCCCCAAAAUCUGGCGCAGCUCAGGAAGGCAGGUCCGUGGAUCUGUGUCCCGUGGGAUGCGACUCUGGCACCGAGUGAAAGCCAAGGAGCAGAGCUGUGAGAGCCACAGCGCUGGAUCCUCCCCCUUCCCUCUGCUGCUCGCAGGAGGGAGCUCCUGGGCUUGCUCCUGCGUGGGCUGGGGGUGCAAGAGGCCGUCCCCCUGCUCAGUUCUGUGUGUGGAACGGGCACAAGGAGAAGCAGGAAGGGCAUUCCCGGUCCUGUCCUGCGGGACUUUCGCUCUUCCCAGGACCUGCCAAUGUCUCAAUCGCCUUACGAUUCACAGUUGCCUCUUUGCUGAACGCACAUGUGCACAAGUGUAUUAAACAGUUAAUCCAAAGGUCUAAUUCCCAAGUGUUUUGCACAAGUGUGUCAUCGUUGUGCAGGGGGACGGGGCUCCCCCCGAGCUCCUCUGCCCCAUCCCUGGGAGCACCCACGGAGCUGGGGCUCCAGGAGGAUAAACCCUGUGUCUGCUCCGGGAUCGCCGGGACCAGCUCCAGGACCGUGGACCCUCUGGCCUGGGGGUAUCUGUGCUAUCCCAGACUACCCUUUUCCCUUCUUUCUCUGCUUUCUUGGAAGAGCAUCUCCCCAGUGCUGCCUCACCCUGCUCGCCCCAGGGACCCAGCUGUGCUGGGAGGGUGUUCAGGGACAGACGUGGGACCUGCUGGCACUGGGGUUUGGGAUUUCUCCUUAUUUUCUCAAGGCUUUCUCUUUCCAGUGUUCUUUUGGAAGACUUGACGUGCUCCAGCCCUCCUUCGCCGCAGCUUCUCUGUGACAGACUUUAUUCCCAGCAUUGCCUGGAACCAGCUGGCUGGAGACAUUUCCCACUGUGGAUGUGUUCAGUGGAACAGCUUUGGAUUCUCUUCUGGCAACGCAGCUGCUCUCCCAUCAUCUCUCCAUGAAGGACCUGCCUCCUUGUCCCCCUUUCCUCUGCAGGGACCCCAGGGAGCCCAGCUCUGGGGAAGGGUCUGUCUGCAGCAGGGACGGGCUCCAACAAGUCUGCACAGAGCUGAACAUCCACUGGGACACAUUCCCUGGAGCUGAGCAUGGCUUUGCCUUCCAGCAUUUGCCUCUGGAAGGGUCUGGCAGGAGCCCCCGAGCAAGUGAAUGUAGGUCUGGCCUGGGGGACCACCCUGUUCCCCCAGCAGCCGGGCCAAGGCGGGGCUGCUGCCGGGAUCAGGAUCUGGGCUUCUCUUCCUGCUCCUUCAAUAAAAGGAAAACCCCUUAGAAAUUCACCAACACCCCCCUAUUUUUUUUUUUUUUCUUGUCUUUUGCCUGUCACGGUACAGAAACCCCGUGGGGGCUGUUGUGUGUGUCCUGUAUCCAAUAGAAACGCUCCCAACCUCCCCGCUU